AUGACUGGAAGAACUUACUACACUGUUGGACACUCACCUGUGAACAGAGUAAAACCCUCCACACCUGCUACCAUGGCCCUCUGUUGCUGCCCACCUUGCUGUGAGCCAUGCUGCUGCAAGACCACCUGCUGCAAGACCACCAGCUGCCAGCCCUGCUGCAAUGAAUCCAGCUGCCCCAAGUCAGUCUGCUGCCAGCCUUGCUGUCCCCCAUGUUGCUGCAGCAUACUCUGCUGUAAGCCCUGCUGCUGUGUGCCCAGCUGCUGCCAGCCCUGCUGCUGUGUGCCCACCUGCUGUGAAAAAACCUGCUGUGAAAAAACUUGCUGCAAGACCACCUGUUGCAAACCAACCUGUGUGAACAUCUGCUGCAUGCCCACCUGCUGCCAGCCCUGCUGCUGUGUGCCCUCCUGUUGCCAGCCAUGCUUGCUCCAGCUCUGCUGCCAACCUACAUGCUGUGAAACCAGCAGCUGCAAGACCACCUCUCUUAAACCAACCUGUGUGAUCAUCAGCUGCAGCACACCCUUCUGCCAGCCCUGCUGCUGCUGCCCUGCUGCUGCUGACCAGCUCCCCAAAGGAACAUCUGCACAGCCAUGCUCUGAGGAGAGCAGAAAUGCCCUAGAUGCAAGAGUCACACAUUAA